AUGAACAACAAGGUGAAGUUGAUUAUGCUGUUUAUCUCUUGCACGGUAACAGUCUACUUACUGUUCAGCGAUUAUACGUUUUACUCAGAAAAUUGGACUGUUAUCUCUACAGAAAGCAAAGGGGAGGAAGUCACCGAGUUGCCUCUCUGUCCACAGUCCCCUCCCAAGCUGAUUGGGCGUAUGAAUGUGUUGCUAGAUGUACCAACUUCUGAGAGUCUCUCGCACCUUUAUCCAGAUGUGAAACCUGGUGGUCAUGGUUAUCCAAAAGAAUGUAAAUCAAGAAGUCGUGUUGCAAUAAUAGUACCUUAUAGAGAUAGAGAAAAACAUCUUCUUGUUCUUCUGCAAAAUCUACAUCCUAUGCUGACUAGGCAACAACUUGAUUACGGGAUUUUUGUGAUUGAACAAGCUGAAAAUGAAACUUUUAAUCGUGCCAAGCUAAUGAACGUUGGAUAUAUGGAAGCCAAUAAAAUAUAUAACUGGCAGUGUUUUAUAUUUCACGAUGUUGAUCUUCUUCCAGAGGACGAUCGUAAUCUGUAUAGUUGUCCCGCUCAACCACGUCACAUGAGUGUAGCAAUAGAUAAAUUUCAUUACAAGUUACCUUACGGGUCAAUUUUUGGUGGUAUUAGUGCACUUACGAAAGCCCAGUUUGACAAAAUAAACGGAUUUUCAAACGACUAUUGGGGUUGGGGUGGCGAAGACGACGAUCUUUCAACCAGAGUUCAUAUUGCUGGUUUUAAAAUCUCAAGGUACCCUACGAGUAUUGCUCGUUAUAAGAUGAUAAAACAUACAUCGAACGUGAAGAACCCAGUAAAUAAAUGUCGUUACAAAUUGAUGUAUAAAACGAAGUUACGUUGGCAAAAGGAUGGGUUAACGUCGUUAAAGUAUAAGGUUCUCAACAUAACUCGUUAUCAUUUAUAUACAAAUGUAAAAGUGUCACUUCUGGAAAAAGAGUCGAGGAGUGCCUUAAAUCGUGAAGGCUUCAAAAAUUGUUGA